AUGAAAAUUACGGAAAAGCUGGAACAGCACAGACAAACCUCCGGCAAGCCCACGUACUCGUUCGAGUACUUCGUCCCCAAGACCACGCAAGGUGUGCAGAAUCUCUACGACCGGAUGGACCGGAUGUACGAGGCGUCUCUACCGCAGUUCAUCGACAUCACCUGGAACGCCGGCGGCGGGCGUUUGUCUCACCUCUCCACGGACUUGGUUGCCACUGCGCAGUCCGUGCUCGGGCUGGAAACGUGUAUGCAUCUGACUUGCACCAACAUGCCCAUUUCGAUGAUCGACGACGCCCUGGAGAGCGCUUACCACUCUGGGUGCCAGAACAUUCUGGCACUGAGGGGCGACCCGCCCAGGGAUACUGACAGCUGGACUCCCGUGGAAGGCGGGUUCCUGUACGCCAAGGACCUGAUCAAGUACAUCAAGUCCAAGUAUGGCGACCAUUUCGCCAUCGGCGUGGCAGGCUACCCGGAGUGUCAUCCGGAAUUGCCCAACAAGGACGCCAAGCUCGACCUCGAAUACCUGAAGCAGAAGAUCGACGCCGGCGGCGACUUCAUCAUCACCCAGAUGUUCUAUGAUGUCGACAACUUCAUCAGCUGGUGUUCUGAAGUUAGAGCCGCGGGCAUGGCCGUGCCCAUCAUCCCCGGGAUCAUGCCCAUCACCACGUAUGCGGCGUUCCUGAGAAGAGCGCAAUGGGGUCAAAUCUCGAUCCCGCAGGCGUUCUUGUCGCAGUUGGAGCCGAUCAAGGACGACGACGAACUGGUCCGUGAUAUCGGAACUAACCUGAUCGUGCAAAUGUGCCAAAAACUGCUCAACAGCGGUUAUAUCUCCCACUUGCACAUCUACACCAUGAACUUGGAAAAGGCCCCCCUCAUGAUUUUGGAACGGCUAAACAUUCUCCCCACGGAAUCCGAGUUUAAUGCUCACCCAUUGGCCGUGUUGCCCUGGAGGAAGUCUUUGAACCCGAAGCGUAAAAACGAAGAGGUUAGGCCUAUCUUCUGGAAGAGAAGACCCUACUCCUACGUCGCCAGGACCUCCCAAUGGGCCGUGGACGAGUUUCCCAACGGUAGAUUCGGUGACUCGUCCUCGCCCGCGUUCGGGGACUUGGAUCUGUGCGGUUCAGACUUGAUCAGACAAUCCGCCAACAGGUGUCUCGAGCUGUGGUCCACGCCUGCUUCCAUCAACGACAUUGCCUUCUUGGUCAUCAACUAUCUAAACGGGAACCUGAAGUGUUUGCCCUGGAGUGAUGUCCCCAUCAACGACGAAAUCAAUCCGAUCAAAGCCCAUUUGACCGAGCUGAACCAGCACUCCAUCAUCACCAUAAACUCUCAACCGCAAGUCAACGGGAUCAGGUCCAAUGACAAGAUCCAUGGCUGGGGGCCCAAAGACGGCUACGUUUACCAGAAGCAAUACUUGGAAUUUAUGUUGCCGAAGACCAAGUUGCCUAAGCUGAUUGAUAUCCUGAAGAACAACGAGUUUUUGACCUACUUCGCCAUCGACUCUCAGGGAGAUUUGCUAAGCAAUCAUCCGGACAACUCCAAGGCUAAUGCCGUCACGUGGGGAAUUUUCCCCGGCAGAGAAAUCCUGCAGCCUACCAUUGUUGAGAAAAUCUCCUUCCUAGCAUGGAAAGAGGAAUUCUAUCACAUCUUGGACGAAUGGAAACUGAAUAUGGACAAGUAUGACAAACCACAGAGUUCCCAAUUCAUCCAGUCCUUGAUUGAUGACUACUGUUUGGUCAAUAUUGUCGACAAUGACUACAUUUCGCCAGAAGACCAAAUACACGCCAUCCUUUUGAGUCUGUAA